ACCUGUGUCUCGUCAUGUCUGUUUAGUCCUUGUCUUCCCAGCCACCUUUGUCAGAGUGUUUUCACAUUGUCUUCAUGUUUUGCCAGGAUACCCUUGCCAUGCCAUGUUUUGCCAGGAGUUUUUUGCUACAGUUUUUUGUUGAUCCCAUGACACAUUUUUCCUAACCUGGGCUGUUGGACACUCAAAGACUAGAAUUCAAGCACUACUUUGCUAUGAAGCUCCAGAAAUGUAGGACAAAGAAACUGGCCUAGCAGACGGGGCCUCCUGACACCCCUGGUUGGGCCUGAUGGAGUGGAGCUUCAUCUGUCUAACGGCCUGGCAAAAAUCCACAGUCCUGGACGAACACAGCAGGCCUCCAUCAGGCCAGCUCGUCUGUCACAGCUUACAUGGCCUAUUGUACACCAGCGCUCAUUAACGGCACUAAGUCAGAUUUGCCUGUCCAGCCUGGAGAGACCGACUUAUGAACCCGCUUCUUCUGAACUUGUUGUUGGGACAAACUGUGAAAAGAGAGAUGCUGUCAAGCCCUAAUAACCGGUCUGAGUUCGAUGUAGUCGAGGUUACAGAACCCCUGGAAACCCAAGCAUACCACACUUGUAAUACAUCUUCAGAUCAUGAAUCUUUAUCCCAGAAUGGAUCUUCUGUUAUGGCUUUUCUUAAGAGAAAUGCUUUUGUUGUCCUUACAAUGGCUGCGAUUGCAAUAGGGUUUGGCUUGGGCUUUGCUUUGCGACACAUUAAUAUGUCAGCCAGGGAUGUGAAAUAUUUAACCUUUCCUGGAGAGUUGCUGAUGAGAAUCCUGCAGAUGUUAGUUCUUCCUCUCAUCAUUUCAAGUAUGAUUACAGGAAUGUCAUCUGUGAACAGGAAGACUUAUGGGAAAAUUGGGCUAAGAGCCUUCAGCUUUUACAUGGUUACCACAAUUAUUGCUGCAUUCACUGGUAUUGCCCUAGCUGUUCUUAUCCAACCAGGGAAAUCAUCCAGGACUGUUUCAGUGACCUCUCAUGGUGAUGCAGAGGCUGUGCAGACAGUUGAUUCCUUUCUAGAUCUUAUCAGAAACAUGUUUCCCUCAAAUUUGGUGGAAGCAUGUUUCAGAAAGCAUAAAACAACUUAUCCCAGUGUUUCUACAGAGGAGAGUCUUGGUAUCAUCAAUAUGACUGAAACCGAUGAAAACACUACUCUUGACAGCAUUCCUGGGAAACCUAGAGAAGACCAAGUGCCAGUGCAAGACUUCUCAGGCGGAGUCAAUAUAUUGGGUCUAAUGGUCUUCUCUGUUGCCUUCGGCCUUACUCUGGGCAGUAUGGGGACUGAAGGAAAACCUCUGAGGGAUUUCUUUGACUGUCUAAAUAAAACCAUUAUGCGUCUAGUCAGCAUAGUUGUUUGGUAUUCUCCAGUGGGAACCAUCUUUCUGCUGGCAGGACAGAUUGUGAGCAUGACAGACCCUGGCAAAAUAGGUCGUGAAGUUGCCAUGUACACUCUCACUGUCAUCACUGGCCUGUUUAUCCACAGCUUCUUCACCCUGUCUCUAAUCUAUUUCACUGUCACACGAAAGAAUCCCUUCAGGUUUAUGGGGGGUCUACUCCAGGCUCUCACCACUGCUUUUGGGACUUCAUCAAGCUCUGCAACCCUACCUGUUACUCUCCACUGUAUGGAGGAAAAUCACAACAUGGAUAAACAAGUGACACGCUUCAUGCUACCUAUUGGAGCCACAAUGAACAUGGAUGGCGUAGCGCUCUAUGAAUCUGUAGCUGCUCUGUUUAUUGCCCAGGUUAAUAAUAUCAAGUUCAACAUGGGUCAAAUCGUUGUCCUCAGUUUGGUUGUCACAGCUGCAAGCACUGGUGCAGCAGGCAUCCCACAGGCCGGUAUGGUAUCCAUGGUGAUUGUGUUGGGAUCAACUGGCCUGCCCAUCGAAGCCAUAUCACUGCUUUUGAUUUAUGAUUGGAUUCUGGAUCGUCUAAGGACAGUCACCAAUGUGCUUGGUGACUGCAUCGGCGUGGGUGUAGUGCAACAUCUGUCCAGAUGCGAGCUACCGAGUUGUCCAUUAUGAGCUUCAUGAGGCUUGACAGCAUCUAUUUCCAAAAGAUA